CCGCCUUCCGAGCUCGCGUCACGCUGUUGGGCGUUGGAUUGCGCUGUUAGUUAUCCAGCCGCGAUCGGAAGCGUUUCCGUCUGCCCGCUGCUUUUCGCCGGUCUCGGUAAGCGUUGGUGAGCUCGGCACGGCACUUGCACGCGUGGCGUAUCUUGCUCCUUGUCCUUCAGAUGCGUUCGUGCUGUUGAGCAGCGGGUCUGAUUCACGUGCGGCGUUCAGCGUUUUCUCUUCACGUGAGAUGUUCUCUCUCCUUCCCGUCGCGUCUGCCCGCGCUCCCGGCCCUUGCUCUUAAGGGCUCACAGAGCUGAUGAGAGCCGGCUGUCUCCGUCUCAGGACCGAGCACGGACUUAGCAAACGUGCCAUUCAAGCGCCACUGUCUGAACCCAGCUGUGAUAGUCAACGUUUUUAUUUAAAUCCAUUCGGCUUUUACAGGCCCCUUCGUGAACAUUAAUAUUUUGACAUUGUGGAUUUCAGCUGCUAGUUAUGGGGGUUACUAUUGUUAAACCAAUAGUUUAUGGUAAUGUUGCUCGGUAUUUUGGAAAGAAAAGAGAGGAAGACGGGCACACCCAUCAGUGGACAGUAUAUGUGAAACCAUACAGAAAUGAGGAUAUGUCAGCAUAUGUGAAGAAAAUCCAGUUUAAAUUACAUGAAAGCUAUGGUAAUCCUUUAAGAGUUGUUACUAAGCCUCCAUAUGAAAUUACUGAAACAGGAUGGGGUGAAUUCGAAAUAAUCAUCAAAAUAUUUUUUAUUGAUCCUAAUGAAAGACCUGUAACCCUAUAUCAUUUAUUAAAGCUGUUUCAAUCAGACACCAAUGCAAUGCUGGGAAAAAAGACAGUGGUUUCAGAGUUCUAUGAUGAAAUGAUAUUUCAGGACCCAACAGCAAUGAUGCAACAGUUAUUAACAACAUCUCGUCAGCUAACAUUAGGAGCCUAUAAGCAUGAAACAGAAUUUGCAGAACUUGAAGUGAAAACCAGAGAAAAAUUAGAAGCUGCAAAAAAAAAAACGAGCUUCGAAAUUGCAGAGCUUAAGGAGAGAUUAAAAGCAAGUCGUGAAACUAUAAAUUGUUUAAAAAAUGAAAUUAGGAAACUUGAAGAAGAUGAUCAGACAAAAGAGAUAUAAACCAUUCUGAAGAGAACUCAAUAGGAAGCUCUACUGAGAAUAAGGAACUUCAGAGGAGGAGUGGACUGCAAAUGCUGUUUCUUAAAGGAACUGCACGUAGUUGUCAACCAUUGAUUUCUCGUCAGUGGGGUCAAGGUAUUUGUACUUUUCAAGCAGUCUUCAAUGUGAAAUAUAUGUGUGUAAUAAGAAUGAAUGCUGUAUAGGCAUUUUAUCAACCCGUUUUAGGGUAAUUCUAUGAUGUUAAGCACAAUUUAAAGUUUUUUUUAUUGAGUUGUUUGUAUAGCUUAUCUUUUUGGACAGGUAUCAAGAUUUCAUUAUAAAGUGUAACUUGUACAAAUUUUAUACUUCCAUAGUAGUUAGACUUAGUGGUAAAAUUAAAGUGUAUAUUUAAUUUUAUAAGUUCUUGUCUGCCCCCAUCCUAACUCUUUUGUAUCCGAUGUGCCCAGUGUCCAGUAAGUACUCAAUAAAGGUAGUUUACGGACCCUG